AUGAAUGGUUUCGGAGAUGUUUGUUCUUCAAGUGGGUCGGUGAUGAUCGGAGUAACAACCGGAGAAGAAGAUGAAACCGCCGCUUUGUCUUCUGAGGAUUCGUCUUGCCCUGACGAGUCAGUGUCAGGGACAGAGCUCGAUCUAGCUCUGGGUCUUGGCAUUGAAAGUGGAACCAAACGGUCUGCUGAUUCUUCGGCGGCUGCCUCAAACGCAACGAGACAAGUUGCGGUAGGGUGGCCGCCUUUACGGACUUAUAGAAUCAACAGUUUGGUCAACCAAGCAAAGUCCUUGGCCACUGAAGAUGGCUUGAGUUCUGACAUUCGAAAGGACACAACAAAGAAUGGCGUGGUGGCUGCGAAGAACGAUGAUGCUGGCUUUAUCAAAUCUACCAGAAUUCCCAUGCUUGUGAAGGUUACGAUGGACGGAGUUAUAAUUGGAAGGAAGAUUGAUCUCAAUGCUCUGGAUUCUUAUGAAGCCUUGGCCAAAACUUUGGAACAAAUGUUUUUCCAAAUACCUUCUUCUGUACCAAGAUCAGACACACAAGUAUGCAAGACAAUCAAGGAAAUACGUGCUUCGGAAUUGUUGGAUGGCUCGUCGGAAUAUAUCAUAACGUAUCAAGAUAAAGACGGAGAUUGGAUGCUUGUAGGAGAUGUUCCUUGGCUGAUGUUCCUCGGGUCCGUGAAAAGACUGAGAAUCAUGAGAACAUCAAGCGAAACCGGAGUUGGUGUAAAUGAUGGAACAGAGAGAUAA